AUGGACGCGCUUGCGGGGCUCUCCCAGUCUGUCACGGAUGCUCAUUGGGACUGGCUCGUCGAGGCGCUGGAGGAGGGCGGCAUCGAUGGUAUGCGCCAGCGCAUCGCAGACCUACACAAUGAUCUCGAGGCGUGUGCAACAGAGGCGAGGGCAGCCGAGGUUGCUGCCGGCGAGCGAUGCGGGGCGGCCGAGGAGCGAGCACGGAUUGCCGAGGCCCGCGCCGAUGAGGCCGAAGCUCGCGAAGCCGAGACUGCCAGUCGUGCAGAGGAGGUUCAGCGGCAGGUGGCCGCACUGGAGCUGCGUCUGCGCGAGGAGAUGGCGUCGGUCACCACUGCUGCUGAGCAUACAGUAGCUGCGGCUGAGGCAAGGAUUCGCCAACUUGAGGGCGAUGUCGAGGCUGCGCUCCAACAGACUGCUGAUGCCGAGGCUCGGACGGCCAGCCUCGCGGCCGAGGCUGUCGAGAUUGACGAGGUCCAGCGGAUGGUUGACGAGCUCGAGAACGACAUUUUUGCUGCGCAGCGAGCCCAGAACGACGCCGAAGCACGUGCUGCCGAUGCCGAGAAACUGUUGGAAGAUCUGGGUGCAGCAUCGGUGUUUGCUUUGAGGAACGAGGUUGAGGCACAGAAGAGUGAGCUGAAGUCGCUGCGGGCGACGCUCGCCGAGUCAUCUGCACGCGCCGCCAAGCUUGCCAAGGUCGAGAAAGAGCUCAUUGCCUGCGAGUUUCGGGUCGAGGACGCCGAGAUGCGGUGUCUACUGGCAGAAGAGCGAGCAGAAGCCAGAGAGGGCGAACUGGAUGCCGAGGUAGCGGCCAGGGCGGAGCUGGCAGAGUCAGCGGCCGCAGCAGAGCGUGACUACGAGGCCCGCAUCCGCGAACUUGUCGGCGCUGCGGCACAUGCCGACAGCGGAGCGCGGCUUGAGAUGCGCGAUCUCAAGAUGCAGGUCAAGCUCUUGGAAGCGAGACUUUCAGAGGCGACUACCGGUGCGAGCCAGAUGGAGCACCGACUCUGCGGUGAGGUAGCUGAGCUGGAAGCUGCCCUUGCGGUGGAGCGACGGGCACUUGCCGACGCGCGUAGCACUGCGGCUCAGCUGCAGCGCAGGCUUGAUGCUGCUGCCGACAAGCAGACGUCGACAACGGCAGGUGCAAAGAACGAGAUUCGUGAGCUUGAAGAGCGCUGUGCACGACUCGAGAGCGAGGUUGCCAACGCCAAAAGCAGUGCGAGUGUGCGGCUUGCUCAGCUCAACGCAGAGCUGGAGGCGUCACACUCGCGUGCUGCGGAAGCCCAUGAUGCGGCGAACCGACUGCAGCGCGAGCUUGAUCGUGCUCGGCGCAAGCAGGAGUCCCUUGCGGCGGAGAGCGGAGGGAGGGUGACUGAGCUGGAGGCACGAUGCAUCGAGCUCGAGACCGAGCUGUCUGAACAUGGACAGGCCGCAGCCGCACGCAUGGCCCAGCUGGAAGACGCAUGUUUCCAAGCUCAGAAAGAGGCUCGGCGUGCUACGGAGAAUGCAGAUGCCAACCAGCGAGCCGCGGUCAGUGCACGCGAUGUUGCCGCCGAUGCAGAGCGGGCGACCAAGGCAGCUGAGAAGGAGAUUGAGCAGCGAGUUGCCGAGCUCACUGAGAGCCGGGCGCAAAGUGCUGCUGCGAUUGCCAAGGCGCGUCACGAGGUCCACGAGCUUCAGCACGAACUUGCUGCCAUACAGGCGUCGGGCGGUCUGGACGCGGCCGCCGAGCGUGAUACCGCGGUCGUCCGCGCCGACGAGCUAACAAGGCAGCUGGUAGAGCUCCAGGCACAGGCAUCGGAUGCCGAAGUCGAGCUGCGGCGGAGCAAGAGCGAGUUGGAGCGAUUGCGGGAGGCUGCUGCCACGCACAGCAUGGCGCUGGCGGAGCAACGCGAGGUUGCUGAUGCAGCAGAGGCCAAGGUGAAGACGCUGCAGGCCGCGCUUGCACACCAGGAGCGCGAGACAAAGCGGGCUGAGGCCGAAAUGGGCCAUGUUCGUGUUCAGAUGGAGGAAGCGGAGCAGAGCCUCGAUUUGGUGCAGCAGCGAGCCCAGGAGGCCGAGACUGAGGCGGCGCGGAUGCGCAGCCGUGUCGCGGGAGUCGAGCUGCAGUUGGUGCGAGCUGGAGAGGCCCACGUUCUUGCCGACAAGCUCGCCAGUGUGGAGGUGGCUCGCGACGAAGCACUGAGCGCAACGGCUACUGCCGAAUGUCGUCUCUGCGAGGCAGAGUCCCAGCUCAUUGUUGAGCAGGAUCGGGCUGCGGCGGCCGAGAAGAGUGCGCGCGAAGCGCUGUCGGAGCUUGCCGCAGCGCGCAAGCGGGCAGCCGAGGCGGAGGCCAGCGCGGCUUGCCGUGUGCGCGAGCUGGAGGAUGACCUCGCGGCUGCGCGCAGGCUGGCUGUAGAGGCAGAAGCCACCUCCAUUCGGCAGGCUCGGGACCUUGAGGCCGACCUUGCUGCUGCGCGCAAGCAAGCUGCAGAGGCGGAAGUCACCGCGGCUCGCCGUGCGCAGCAAGCGGAGGCUGACAUCGCAGCUGCGCGUAAGCAAGUAGCAGCUAUUGAGGCCUCUUCGGAUCGCCGUGCGCGCGAGCUUGAGACUGAUCUGGCGGCUGCACGCAAGCAGGCUGCAGAAGCUGAUGUGGCUGCGGCUCGUCGUGUGAGCGAGCUGGAAUCUGACCUCGCAGCUGCACGUCAGCAGACUGCAGUGGCUGACGAUGCCGGGCGACGCCGUGCGCAGGAACUGGAGACCGAUCUGGCGGCUGCACGCAAGCAGGCUGCAGAAGCCGAUGCGACUGCGGCUCGUCGUGUGAGCGAGCUGGAAGCUGACCUCGCUGCCGCAGAGAAGAGGGCAACCGAGGUGGAAGCUACCGCUGCCCGCCACGUGCAGCUACUAGAAGCUGACCUCGCAACUGCACGUCAACAGACUGCAGAGGCUGACGACGCCGGGCGACGCCGUGCGCGGGAACUGGAGACCGAACUGGCGGCUGCACGCAAGCAGGCUGCAGAAGCUGAUGCGACUGCGGCUCGUCGUGUGAGCGAGCUGGAAGCUGACCUCGCAACUGCACGUCAACAGACUGCAGAGGCUGACGAUGCCGGGCGACGCCGUGCGCAGGAACUGGAGACCGAACUGGCGGCUGCACGCAAGCAGGCUGCAGAAGCCGAUGCGACUGCGGCUCGUCGUGUGAGUGAGCUGGAAGCUGACCUCGCAACUGCACGUCAGCAGACUGCAGAGGCUGACGACGCCGGGCGACGCCGUGCGCAGGAACUGGAGACCGAACUGGCGACCAUGCGCAGGCAGGCUGCAGAAGCUGAUGCGACUGCGGCUCGUCGUGUGAGCGAGCUGGAAGCUGACCUCGCUGCCGCAGAGAAGAAGGCGACCGAGGUGGAAGCUACCGCUGCCCGCCACGUGCAGCAACUGGAAGCUGACCUCGCAGCUGCACAGGCUGACGAUGCCGGGCGACGCCGUGCGCAGGAACUGGAGACCGAACUGGCGGCUGCACGCAAGACAGUCAGCGAGGCCGAAGCUGCCGCCCACGUCCAGGUCGGCAAGCUGGAGGCGGAUCUUGCCUCCUCGCGGCGACAGAUACACACGAUGGAGGCCCAGCUCAGGCGAUCGACACUAGAAGCUCGCCCGGAUGACCGCUCGCACACGUUGGCACGGAUCGAGUCGCUCGAGAGCGAGCCCAGCCAAACGCGACAGGCACUUCAUGUCCAGGCACGAGGCCCGGGCGCGGGUCUGCAACUGCGCGACUUGGAUGCCCGCGACCAGGCCGUACAGGUGCUACAGGCCGAGCUGUCACUAGUGCGAGCCGAACUCGCUGCAAGUCGUGCUUCUCCGCGGCUCACCGGCGAGACUGAUGCACAAGCAUCUCGGACACGAGCCGAAGAAGACCAGGGGCUACAUGUCACGGUGCGCGACCUCGAGUCGCAGAUCGUCCACACAAGCGCGCGCUCGACUCAGCUGGAGAACGAGUUACGGUCUACCCGCCAGCGGGCGCGCGCGGCCGAAGACGGGCGUCUCGAUAUGGAGCACAGGCUGCGGUCGGUCCAAGCCGAACUUGACUCUGCCACCAGGCGCGUCAGGGAAGUGGAGGCCGAGAAUGUGAGCGUGUUGCAGCGUUUGGCGGCGGCACGCGAGGAGAGUAGCACGUUCGAGUCGCGAUUGAGUGGUUUGCGCAUGCAGCUCGAGUCGGUGGCACGCGAACGUGAUGCUGCUCGUGCCACAGAGGCUGUAGCACGCUCAAGCGACGCUACUGUCUGCGACGAACUCGAGCGCGCGUUGGGCGCAGCACGGCGUAAGCUCAAGCUCGCGCGUCAUGACGCUGAAAGCAAGGAUCGUACCAUGGAGAAUCUCCGGCACGAGUUGGCUACAGUCAAGACCGAGAGCCAUCGCAAGCUGGAGGAUGCGCAGCAGAAGCUGAUGCAAGCUCGGGGCGACGCUGAAGCGCACAAGAACGAGCUGGCACGACUUCGGCAGCGUCUAGAGGCUGCAGACAACGAUCUUCACGUCGCGACAAGUGCUGCCCGCAGAGAUGCAGAUGACAAGAGGCUCGAACUGAGGCUCAUGGAAGAUGCCGUUGAAGCCGCUCGUCGCCAGGCGAAGGCUGCGCGUGGGGAUGCGGAAGAGAAGAGUUGUUUGCUUGUAGCUGCCGAAGAUGCGCUGGCAAAGGCUCGCCGCGAGCUGGAGAACGCCCAUGACGAGGCAGAAGGCACGACUCGCAAGCUUGCGACCGCCAAGUCCCAGGUCGAGGCCAAGGAUCGCCAACUGGCAGCGGCCGAAGAGGAGCUGGCGUCCACCCGCCGCACGCUGACAACCGCCGAGUCCCAGGUCGAGGCCAAGGAUCGACAGCUGUCAGCGGCCGAGUCGGAGCUGGCAACCACCCGCCGCACGCUGGCGACUGCCGAGUCCCAGGUCGAGGCCAAAGAUCGACAGCUGGCAGCGGCCGAGUCGGAGCUGGCAACCACCCGCCGCACGCUGGCGACCGCCGAGUCCCAGGUCGAGGCCAAGGAUCGACAGCUGUCAGCGGCCGAGUCGGAGCUGGCAACCACCCGCCGCACGCUGGCGACCGCCGAGUCCCAGGUCGAGGCCAAAGAUCGACAGCUGGCAGCGGCCGAGUCGGAGCUGGCAACCACCCGCCGCACGCUGGCAACCGCCGAGUCCCAGGUCGAGACCAAGGAUCGACAGCUGGCAGCGGCCGAGUCGGAGCUGGCGACCACCCGCCGCACGCUGGCAACCGCCGAGUCCCAGGUCGAGGCCAAGGAUCGACAGCUGGCAGCGGCCGAGCACGACCUCUCGUUGGCACGGCAAAGGCUAGCGGCAGUUGAAGAGGACCUUUUCUCCACCCAGAGUAUUCUGGCUGCAGGCCAUACCGAGAUUGCCUCCAAGGAUCGACAGCUGGUGGCUGCUGAAGGCGAUCUGUCCUCGGUUCGCCACAAGCUGGCUCUUGCCGAGGCUGAAAUGCAAGAGAAGGCACUGACGCUGACCGCUGCUAUGGCCCAAGCCGAUGCCAAGGAUCAACAGCUGGCAGUUGCCGCGGACGAGCUCAUAUCGGCACGGCGACAGCUGGCGAAAGCGGAAGAUGAACUCGCAUCCACCCGACGGCGACUGGCGGCGGCCGAAGACGAGCUCACGUCGACCAGGCGGCAACUGGCAGCGGCUCACGAGGACUUGACCCUCACUCGCCAGCAGCUCUCAACUGACGCCUCGUCCGCCAUUGCCGAGACUGAGCAGCAUGCUGCUUCUAUUGCCGCUCAUCUUGCCGAGACACAGGCCGCAUACGCCGAGCUUCGCACAGAGUACGAGGCGCUCCAGGCGCGCCACGCACACGACAUGCAGAUGCUCGACGCGUCGGCAGCGGCGCACCUUGGCCAUUCGGCCUCGCGCAUCGCCGCACUCGAGGCAAGCCUCUCGGCAUCGGCUUUGAGUGAGGCCGAGCUGGCUCAGUCGCGAAGCUACGGCCGCGAGCUUGUCUCGCCUCACCCACCAUGUCGAGGCCAAGGAUGAGCUCAUCGCUGCGCUGCAGCUCGAUGUUGAUGCCGCCGUCACCCGCGCCGACGCGCUCGCGCUCGCCAACACUGAGCUCCACCACGCGGUCGACUACUAUGGGUCGCUUUCAUUCCGAGUCUGACGAGCCAGA